AUGUCCCCAGCAAUCCCUGUCGGCGAAAAGUGGUGGAAAAACGCCAUAAUCUACCAAGUAUAUCCCGCCAGCUUCAAAGACUCAAACAAUGACGGCAUUGGCGACAUCCCCGGAAUUAUUUCCGCCCUUGACUACAUCCAAAGUCUCGGAGUGGACGUGAUAUGGCUAAGUCCCAUGUACGAUAGCCCUCAACACGACAUGGGGUACGACGUGGCCGAUUAUGAGAAAGUGUACCCACCAUACGGGACAGUUGAGGACAUGGAAGUCCUCAUUAGUGCCUGUCACUGUCGCGGAUUGCGCAUCAUUCUAGAUCUGGUUGUUAAUCACACCUCGGAUCAACACAAAUGGUUUAAGGAAUCGCGAUCGUCGAAAACAAACCUGAAGCGGGACUGGUACAUCUGGAAACCGGCAAAAUACGACGCCAACGGCAACCGCAAGCCUCCCAAUAACUGGCGGAGUAUCUUUGGAGGGAGUGCCUGGGAAUGGGACGAGGCGACGGAAGAGUACUAUCUGCAUUUGUUCUGUGUUGAACAGCCUGACCUCAACUGGGAGAAUCCCGAUACCCGUCGUGCAAUCUUUAGUUCCGCCAUGGAGUUUUGGUUGCAAAAGGGAGUUGACGGAUUUCGCGUGGACACAGUGAAUAUGUAUAGUAAACACCCGUCCUUCCCCGACGCGCCAAUUGUCGAUCCGAAGUCCGAGACGCAAAUGGCAGCUUCGCUGUUCUGCAACGGCCCUCGGAUCCACGAGCACCUACGUGAGAUGAGCGAUGUGCUGAACAAGUAUGGUGCUAUGACCGUCGGGGAGCUGGCUCAUACUCAUACUCUAGACGCUGUUUUGGCAUAUGUGUCCCCCUCGCGGAGCCAGCUGAACAUGGUCUUUCAGUUUGAUGUUGUCGAUCUCGGCAUGGGAAAGGACUACAAAUUCCUGACGACACUGCCUGGCUGGACACUGCGCGAUUUCAAAGCCGCAAUUAAAGGGACACAGGACAUGAUCAACAGCACCGACGGAUGGACCACUGUGUUCAUGGAGAACCAUGACCAGGGCCGUUCUAUCUCUCGCUUCGGCUCGGACAAGACCCCAGAGUUACGUAUUAUGUCGGGUAAGAUGCUGGCAAUGAUGCAAUGCACUUUGUCGGGCACACAGUUCGUCUAUCAGGGCCAGGAGAUUGGCAUGGUGAAUGCUCCCAAACAUUGGACCAUUGACGAAUACAAGGACGUCGACAGCUCAAAUUACUAUCAGAUGGUCAGAGAAAAUACUAAUGGCGAUGCGACGCAAUUGCAAAAUGCCAUGGAGUCAUUGCAGUGCUUGGCUCGAGACCAUGCCCGUCUCCCCAUGCAGUGGAGCCCAGAAGCCAAUGCCGGCUUCUCCCCAUCCGACUCAGCGACGACAUGGAUGCGUGUACACGAUAAUUAUCCCGAGGUGAACGUUCAAGUCCAAGAGUCAGAUCCAUUUUCGGUUUUGUCAUUCUGGAAGCAAAUGAUGCGACUGCGGAAAGAGUACGCCGAUGUUUUCGUGUCUGGAAAUUUUGAGCUGGUCGACGAGGCAAAUGAAAACGUCUUUACAUACUUCAAGAAAGGUCAUACACAGUCUGUGUUGAUAGUACUGAACUUUUCUGAGGCGAACCAAAAAUUCCAGAAGCCGAAUGUCAUGGUGGAUAAGGAUUUGAAGGUCUUGAUUAGCAAUGUUGAAGGCGGUCUUGAGGAUGAGUUGCAGCCGUUCGAGGGAAGGGUAUUUCUGGUGUAG